CCUACAACGAUUUUUGAAAGAAAAACAAUGUAUCAUUCAGAUCGUGAAUAAAGAUGAAUUGUGCUGUGCCAGAGCCAUCGUUACGGCCAAAGCUCGACUCGACAAACACGAAAAGUGGGAUGCCAUCCGCAAGGGAUACAAGCUGCAGAAGAUACUCGCUGAGGAACUGCAUUGCAAUGCGGGGGUACCGUUGACGAAAUGCGGGCUCGAGGAAAUUAAACAAUUUCAACGCCUUGUCGGCAGUUAUCAGAUCGUAGUCGCGUCCAAAUAUUACGCAAAUACUGUCGUCUACAAAGUUCCCUCUGCCAAUCAACAGAUUUAGCUUUAUCAUCAUGAUGGACACUAUGAUGUCAUCAUCAGCAUGCCUGCAUUCCUCAACAGAAGUUAUUUCUGCGUGGGAUGUCUGAAAGGUCACGAGCAUCCCGAAGACCAUAGAUGUCAAGGUUCAUGUAAGCUUUGUUUCAGCCCACCUGUGAAGAAGGCGAGUUAGUAUAUUGCCGAGACUGCAAUAGAUACUUCAGAUGUGACUUGUGCUACAAAACUCACCUGAAACGGAACACUGGCGGUGUGUCAGUGUGCAAGUCUCACUUCAGGUGCCAAGAUUGCGGAAGGGUACUGCAAAGUAUGCCGAGAAUUUGUUCUUCCCGGACAUCUGUGUUAUAUGCGACCGGUCGACAAAACUAAAGACAAACCCGACAAUAAUUGCAGUCUAAUGGCUGAAGAAAUGGAGGAGGCACAUGCCAUGAAAGACGAUGCCGAAUAUUGUGAAGAUGACGUCAAAAGUUAUAUCUUCUUUGAUUUCGAAUGCAUGCAAGAAUCGGGUGUCCACGAUCCAAAUCUCUGCAAAAUGUAUGCUCCUAAUGCUUGAGCGAAGAACAAUUGGCAUCAUGCACACGGUGUGAGCAGUGCGAGCUACUUGUCGCUGGGCCCACCACAAGGCAGGAUUUUUGCCAUUGGCUCUUUAGCGAAGAGAACGCUGGUUCCAUUGUCCUCUGUCACAAUUUCAAAGGAUACGACUCAUAUUUUAUUCUGCGGUAUUUACACGACAAUGCCGUCCUACCUGAGGUUAUGUUGAAUGGAGCCAAGGUAAUGAGCAUCACGGUACCCGCCACCGAUAUGAAUUUCAACGACUCCUUCAACUUCCUCCCUAUGGCCCUCUCCAAAUUUCCGGGUGCUUUCGGUUUGAAGGAACUGGCCAAGGGAUACUUCCCUCAUUUCUUCAACACCUGGGCCAUUUAGCAUGCUGUACUCUCUCACCUCCCCGAGAUGCAUUACUACAAUCCCGAUUCCAUGAAGCCCACAGAGAGACAGGCCUUCGUUCAGUGGUACCGGGAACAUAGGAAUGACCACUUUGACUUCCAGAAAGAAAUCGUCAAAUACUGUCGUUCUGACGUGGACAUACUCCGUCGGUGUUGUCUCAGCUUUAGAUCCCUUUUCAUGAACAUGACUGCUGACGAGUCAGCCCCCGGUAUAGACCCGUUUCGCCAUUGCAUUACAGUCGCUUCCGCUUGCAACUUGGUAUAUCGCACUAAGUAUUUGGCUCCGGACACCAUCAUCCAUUUUCAGGGAUAUCUUUCCAACGAUCGCCAGUCGGUCGAGGCUCUCAAGUGGCUCAAAUGGGUGGCCCAUCAGACUGGUCACCUCGUCCAACAUGCCGCCAACAACGGUGAGAAACACAUUGGUCCCUACAAGGCCGAUGGCUACUACGAGUCAAAUGGAGUAAAAACCGCGCUCGAAUUUCACGGUUGUCUUCAUAACAGUCAUACUUGCCUUACUCGGGACACUAAGCAUCCUCUCAACGGCCUCACGAUGGAAAAGCUUUACCAGAAGACCACCGACAAACGUCAAUACAUUAUGGGAUGUGGGUACAACCUCACCGAAAAUUGGAAUGCGAGUUCGAUACAGAACUUUCGCUGAACACAGACAUGAACACAUUUGUGUCCUCGCUAGAGAUUCAGACACCUCUUAUUCCACGUGAUGCUUUCUGCGGAGGUCGCACUAAUGCCACUCGACUGCAGAACGAAGCAGGGCCCAAUGAGAAGAUCAAGUACGUUGACUUUACCUCCUUGUACCCCUACGUCUAUAAAUAUGGAAAAUAUCCAAUUGGCCAUCCCACUGUCAUCACCAAAAAUUUCGAUGAUGUCAGCGAGUACGAGGGGCUGAUUAAAUGCAAGGUUCUUCCACCUAGAGGCUUGUAUCACCCCGUCAUUCCGUACGAAGCAUCGGGUCGUUCGAUGUUCGCCAAGUGCGCCGAAACCCUUUAACAGUCUCACUGUGUCAGCACAGCGACGACGACCGUUCCCUCGUCGGUAAGGGGGUCACUCUGGAGUUGCAGAAGGCGCUGGAUAAAGGCUACACGCUGGUGAAAAUCUACGAGGUCUGGCAUUUUGAUGAAGUCGCUCAUUACGAUCCAGACACCAAAGAGGGUGGGCUCUUUGCAGACUACGUGAAUGCUUUCCUCAAGAUGAAACAGGAGGCGAGUGACUGGCCUGUCUGGUGUCAGAUGGACGAGCAGAAACACCAAUACAUCGAGCGGUAUUUUGACAAGGAGGGAUCCAGCUCGAGUGGGGCAACAUUAAGAAGAACCCGGAAUUGAGGGCCAUAACAAAACUGAUGCUUAACAGUUUCUAGGAGAAGUUUGGACAACGACCCAACAUGGCAAAGACUUCGUACUUGAAGGACCCAACCGAAUACCUCGACAUGAUGACGCGUGAUGACAUCGAAGUUCAAAGCGCUAACUUUGUCAACGAGGAGAUGGUCGAGGUGCAGUGGCAACACACGGAGGACUUUGUGGAGCCGUCAGGAAGGACCAACGUAAUACUAGCUGCAUACACGACUUGUCAAGCUCGUCUGAAGUUGUACGAUCUGUUAGACAAACGUGAUCACAGGGUUGUCUAUUAUGACACCGAUAGCGUGAUUUACGUCAGUCGAAAGGGUGAAUGGGAGCCGGAGAUUGAUGACUUUCUUGGAGAGUUGAUCAAUGAGUUGGAGGCUGAUAAUCAUAUCGUUACAUUCGUGUCAGGAGGUCCCAAGAAUUACGAUUACAAAUUAGCCAAACCAGACAAGAGUGGCAACUUGUCUCACUGUAAAGUCAGAGGCAUUACUUUGAACUAUAGGAAUCAUUUCCUCGUUAAUUUUGAUGUCAUGUCUCAAAUGGUACGCAAAGAAGGUCCAAGUAAAGUGCAAGUGAAAGAUCCCUACAAAAUAACGAGGAAUAAGAAAACUGUGCAUAUUGAGACCAAAGAGGAAAAGAAAUUUUAUCAGAUGGUUUACACCAAGCGUGUACCGAUAGAUAAUUACGACACCGUGCCUUACGGCUUUUAAUUUCCACUCUUGACCUAGUAUACAGUGGGGCUCUCGAUCAAAACGGUUUGUUUAAAAGUGUAUGUACAUGUGUGGACAAUAUUGUACAUGUACCUAACAGGCUGUUGCUUUGUUGCGCCAAUUAACGUUAACACGAAGCAGCGUAAUUAAUUCUUUUACCAAUGCUCAUCGACAACCUCAAACUGAUUUUAUUUUAUAUAUCACAAAGUUGUUUCCAUUUUUUGCACGUAUGAUUAAUGAUUCGUAUUAUUACAGCAUAUAAUUUUAAAGUGCACUAUGCUAGAAUAACGGAACAACUACACAAUGGAAACUGCGAUGUCAAACGUUUGUACCUUAUGUAAUAAACGGAGAAACGAAUUUAACAGCGAUUGUCCUGUAAACAAAUAUUUUUUUUAAUUUUGUUUUUAUUUUACUUUCUUAUUUUUACAUGCCAGGGAAUUUAAAAAUUCGCUGGGGAUUACCAACAAAUGUUUUACAAAUGCAAUGAUUGGCUAAAUAUGAAAAAGUUCUACCCACCUAUAUGCUUAUUUCUUAACGUUUUGACUAUUAAUCCCCAAAAAAGUGAAAGCAAUGUUUGAGUAGUUUUACCGUGUCCACAUGAUUGGAUCUGGCCAAUCGUGUUCCAAAUUUUGUAUCUAAAACGGUGAAAAAUUUGUGGAUCAAGUACAAGAGACCGCAUGUGUAUUAUAAAAAGCGGGAAUUGAUUUGAUACCUUUCUUAUUCAACCAUUGCUACACAAUCUGUUAUUUUAAAAGAAGAGCUUGUUUGUAAUUUGGCCGCUCUCUUUUGAUAAUGAUUUAAUAAGUGUCGUUGUGUACAUGUAAUGUGAUUUUUUGUGAUUCAGCGUCAACUAGUACAUUUUGCUUUAACACUAUUUAU